AUGAGGAAUUGGGAAUUAUCAUCGGUUCGAAGACGUGGUGGAACAAGAGACACCAUAAAUAUGUUCAAUGAAGUUGCAAAGGCAAAUCAAGAGAAACUUGAUAAAAAUCCUUUUUCCGAGACAUAUUCUGUACAACAUUUUAAUAAGAAUGCAAAUGAUUACGGUCGACCGACAGCUGGAUCAAAAACAGAAGCCAGAGGAAUCAAAGCUGGUGUUCACGUUAGCCGAGAAGUUUUAUUUCUAUGUGAAAUAAUCAAUGAAUAUGCGGAAGGCGAACAUCCGAAUCGUUGCAUUAAAUUUGGCCCACUUUUUUAUAUAUAUUCACAUUAUUCAGAUAAGCUUGUGGGAAUGUUAAUACGUGCACGAAAAUAUAAAUUGGUGGAUUUCGAAGGCGAAAUGUUAUAUCAGCGACAAGACGAUGAUAAGAUAAUUCGAAUGCUUAUGCCAAUUCAAGAGAUCCGUAAAGUUGUCUCAUCAUCCGGUGAUCCGGUUAAUUGUAUUACACACUUUUCAGAGAUCAGAGUUCCUAAUGCUCCUAUUACCACGAGUACCACCGAUACGCCUUCAAUUUUCCUCUCUUUGUAUUAG